AUGUUAAUUCUAGCUAUUGGUGAUCUUCAUAUACCACAAAGGGCAAUCUUCAAAAAAUUAUUAGUUCCAGGUAAAAUAUCACAAGUUUUAUGUCUCGGUAAUGCUACAUCAUCUCCAUCAACUUUGGAAUUCUUGAAAAAUUUAUCACCAGAUUUCCAAAUUGUUAAAGGUGAAUUUGAUGAAAAUACAUCAUUACCAUUAUCAUUAAUUAUAACUCAUGGCUCAUUAAGAAUUGGAUUUACAAAUGGAUUCACCAUAGUACCAAAAGGUGAUCCCUUAUCAUUAUUAACUAGUGCAAGACAAAUGAAUGUUGAUGUUUUAAUAUGGGGUGGUUCACAUAAAGUUGAAGCUUAUACUUUAGAAGGGAAAUUUUUCAUUAAUCCAGGUAGUGCAACUGGUGCUUUUUCCACUGAUUGGCCUGAUAUAGAUUUACCUGAAGAUGAAGAAGAAGUAGGUCAUGAAACAAUCUCACAAAAAGAUGAUACUAAAACUGAGAAUGAAGAAGCUAAACAAGAGAAUGAAGAUAAACCAGAAGAAAAUAAAGAUUCAGAAGCGGAAAAAGAUGAUAAAGAUGAAAAGAAAGAAUCAAGCAAGCCAGAAGAAGUAAAAACUAAUGAAGAGGAAGAAGAAAGUGAAGAUGAUUCUGAUGAUUUAUAUGAUUCUGUACCAAGUUUUACAUUAUUAGAUAUUCAAGGUUCAGUUAUAACGUUAUAUAUUUAUACUUAUAUCGGUGGUGAAAUCAAAGUGGAUAAAGUGAGUUAUCGUAAAGAUCAACAAUGA